GGUGGUGCGUGUGUGUGUGUGUGUGUGUCUGAGAGUCACUUUCGGGCUGAAAGAAAAGUCUCCGAAAACAAAAAAAGCGACUCGCAACCAAAUCAGCCGCGGCCUUGUCACCCACCGACCGACCGACCGACAGAUCCCCAGGAAGUCAGCUUCAGGCAAUCAUGGCGAGUAACAACGUGUCUUACAACGACCAAGGAGACCGGGGCCUGGGAGGGGAGACCACCGAAUUGGGCCAAGAUGCAACUGCGGUGACUUCGGGAGUUGGUGCUCCCGGGAUUGGCCUCUUCAGCUCAGAUUUCAAGAAAAAUGAAGAUCUGCAUCAGAUGUUGGAGAGCAGCAAGGAUUCCCUUAAACUGGAGGCUAUGAAGAGAAUAGUUGGGAUGAUUGCUAAAGGAAAAAAUGCCUCUGAGUUAUUUCCUGCUGUUGUGAAGAAUGUAGCUAGUAAAAACAUUGAGUUAAAGAAAUUAGUAUAUGUUUACCUUGUACGCUAUGCGGAAGAGCAACAAGAUUUGGCCCUACUGUCGAUCAGCACAUUUCAGCGUGCAUUGAAGGAUCCUAAUCAGUUGAUUCGUGCCAGUGCUCUCCGAGUUCUGUCCAGUAUCCGAGUUCCAAUUAUUGUUCCAAUAAUGAUGCUGUCCAUUAAGGAGGCUGCCAGUGACCUGUCUCCAUACGUCAGAAAAACUGCUGCUCAUGCCAUUCAAAAGCUUUACAGCCUCGAUCCAGAACAGAAAGAACCACUAAUUGAGAUCAUCGAAAAGUUACUGAAGGACAAAAGUACACUCGUAGCUGGAAGUGUUGUGAUGGCAUUUGAGGAGGUCUGCCCUGAACGAAUCCACCUGAUUCACAAGAAUUAUCGCAAGUUGUGCAACCUUUUGGUGGAUGUGGAAGAGUGGGGCCAGGUUGUCAUCAUUAACAUGCUUACUCGAUAUGCAAGAAUGCAGUUUCUAAGCCCAUGGAAAGAGGAUGAGUCACUGGAAGAGAAUGGUGAGAAAGCUUUCUAUGAUUCUGAUGAAGAACAGAAAAAAAAUAGCAGUGGAAGAAAGCCGUACAUGAUGGACCCAGACCAUCGCCUUCUGCUCCGGAACACCAAACCUCUACUGCAGAGCAGAAAUGCUGCCGUAGUAAUGGGGGUCGCACAGCUUUACUGGCACCUAGCACCAAAGUCAGAGGUUACCAUUGUUGCUAAGUCUUUGGUCAGAUUACUUCGUAGCCACAGGGAAGUGCAAUAUAUUGUCUUGCAGAACAUUGCCACAAUUACUAUACAAAGAAAGGGAUUGUUUCAACCUUAUUUGAAAAGUUUCUAUAUUCGGUCAACUGAUCCAACCCAGAUUAAGAUAUUAAAGCUUGAGAUCCUGACAAAUCUGACCAGUGAAAUCAACAUCUCCACGGUCCUACGAGAGUUCCAGACCUAUGUGAAAAGUCAAGACAAACAAUUUGCUGCAGCAACAAUUCAGGCAAUUGGAAGAUGUGCGACCAAUAUUUCUGAAGUUACAGAUACAUGUCUUAAUGGCUUAGUCUAUCUGCUGUCAAACCGAGAUGAAACCGUUGUUGCAGAAAGUGUGGUUGUCAUUAAGAAGCUUCUUCAGACACAACCUGCACAACACAGUGAAAUCAUCAAACAUAUGGCCAAGCUUCUGGAUAGUAUUACAGUACCCAUGGCUCGAGCUAGUAUCCUUUGGCUGAUAGGUGAAUACUGUGAGCGGGUUCCAAAGAUUGCACCAGAUGUUUUACGGAUAAUGGCAAAAACCUUCACAAAUGAAGAGGAGAUUGUGAAGCUGCAAACUUUGAACCUUGCAGCUAAACUCUACUUAACAAAUCCCAAGCAGACAAAAUUGCUUACGCAGUACAUAUUAAACGUAGCCAAGUAUGAUCAAAACUAUGACAUUAGAGACCGUACAAGAUUUAUCAAGCAGCUGAUAGUUCCAAAUGAGAAGAGUGGAGCUUUAAGCAAGUAUGCCAAGAAAAUUUUCCUCGUUCAGAAGCCAGCACCCGUGCUCGAAUCUCCAUUUAAAGAUAGGGAUCGUUUCCAGCUUAGCACGCUAUCACACACACUUAACACAAGAGCAAACGGAUACCUGGAACUUCCAGACUGGCCACAGACAAUUCCUGAUCCAUCGGUCCGAAAUGUGGAAGUUCAGCCAGUGAAAGAACUGAUCUCAUCUGUGGGUAAAGUGAAGAAAGAAAAAGCAGAGGAUCAGUUUUAUUCUGAUUCUGAGGAGCAGGAAUCCAGCAGUACCAGCGAAUACAGUAGUGAGAAUGAAGGGAGCGACAGCAAGAAUGAGGACAGCAGUGAAAGCAGUUCAAGUGAAGAAUCCAGUGAUGGUGACAGUGAUUCUGAGUCUGAAAAGGAGAAAACAGAGAAGAGAAAAACAAAGACUCAAGAAAGUGAAAACAAUGACUCACAAAAUGGGAUACAACCUGAAACUAAAUCCAAAAAGACAAAAGCUGCAACUUCUUCUGAAUCAGAGGAAAGUUCAGAAGAAAGUUCAGAAUCUGCAUCUGAGAGUGACUCUGAGCCAGAAAACGUAGUAAAACGACAGAAGGAAGAGAAGAAAACUGUGUUACAGGUCAAGGCUUCCACUAAACAGGAAGUUUCACUGUUGGAUUUGCUUGACUUUAGCGACGUAUCAGCACCAGUAGCCCUUCCUAAACCAGUGGUGAUAUCUCCAAGUUUAGCAGCUGAGUUGGAAGGAUUAUCGCUUUCCAGUACAUCUCCUAUCAUUGAUGUCACUACUCCAGUAUUUGUUCCUUCAAAAUCGUUCGAACUGCUCCAUCGUAUGUCUGGUAAAGGCCUUGGGGCACAGUAUCAUUUUCCACGUCAGCCAUGCAUUUACAGCUCAAAAAUGGUGUCUGUUCAGAUCACGCUAACUAACACCUCUGACAAAGAAAUAACCAACAUCGAAAUAGGAGAACGAAAACGCACAGGAAUGCAGAUCCACGACUUCCACAAGCUAGAUUGCCUUAAUGUUGGAGAAUCUAAGACGGUUUCAAUGGGAAUUGACUUCUGUGAUUCCACGCAGGCUGCCAACUUCCACUUGUGCACACAAAAUGAUCAGUUCAGUGUCGCCAUCCAACCUCCGGUGGGAGAGCUGCUGCUACCGGUCACCACAUCCGAGAAAGAUUUCAGGAAAGAACAAGGAAAACUGUCAGGAAUGAAUGAAAAUUCUACAAGCAUCACGUGCGCACCACAGAAUUCCUCUCGACAAGCAAUUGUGCAGAAGCUAGUGAACGUGUCAAACCUUGGGGUUGUACCUUCGAGCCAGGAUAAUGUUCACAGGUUUGCAGCUAAAACUGUGAGCAGUGGGGCAUUGGUGCUGAUCACAAUAGAAGUGAAGGAAGGGUCGACAGUUCAGCUUAGCGUAAACACGGAAAAAACUGUGAUUGGCUCAGUGCUGCUGCGGGAACUAAAAUCUGUGCUGUCUCAGGAGUGACCGGAUACCCCUGGAACCAGGCCAGCUGAGCUCUCACUGCUAUUGCCUUCAUCAAUACUAUAGUUAUUAUAGUCAAAUCCUUUCCAUCCAGCUGUGAAGUGAAAACUCUGUACCGACAAUCUUGUCUCUUGCUUUGAAAUGCUGUUAUAUACAAUGCUGCAAUCCGUAUUCUUUUGCAUAUCAUUACCAACAAAGUCCCUUGCCUAAAUCUGAACUCUUGACUUUAGAGAUUUUGCCAAAUCUGUUGUCCUAUUUUGAUGUGUACUAAGGUAUUCGCUGAGUUGAAUAGCUGUUGAAAAAUGUGCAUUAAUAUAUUGCUGGAACAUUAUACCUUUUGUUCUCCUUAAAUUUACUUCCAAGAUGUGUGGAGGACCUUCUUUUUAUCCUUUUCAGCCCUGUGGUGUUUCAUGUCCGAAGUCUUUGACAUAAAAUGUUGAUUAUAAAUGCACAAAAAUAAUAUCCGUGUGUAUAACUGUUACCUUAGUUGUGUUUUGGAAGAAAAACUGGAAUGUUGUCAGCUGGUAAAAUCAUUAGUGGUGGAAUAUUCUCCAGACCUUACCAGCUGCCCAAAUGAAUGGAAUCUGUGAAUUACUGGUUGUAUCCAAUUUUAAAAAAAGCAGGUAAAGUUCAUCCAAAGAGAAAUAUCUGUAUUGCCAAAAAAAUCAUUGAACACUACAUGCUUUUACAUUUACACAAUCUCCUUUUAGCCAGUUGGAUCAUAGGACUCUCAACCCAAUACUUCUGUGUGCAUUAAAGCUGCGUCGACUCCGCAAUCUGGCAAGUGUUGAUCUCUCAAUCUCACUUGAGGAUUUGAGAUAGGAAGGACUUACACCCCUCCCUUUACAUGGGAGAAAUUAUCUUCAAGUCUGUUCUCAUACACUUUCCAAAGGUUGGUGUGGGAGUUGACAUUGUGUAGACCUGUAAAGGGCUCGUUGGGCAGUGGGAUGGGACAUGAAAGAAUACAAGAGACAGAACUGUCCUUCUACUCUUUCCUCCCUCUGAUUUUGUAACGUAUAUAAAUCAUGAUCUCAGUAAGAGCUGUAAAUUCCCCCUUUUAGUAUUUGCACUGACGAUAAAGCAUUUCGCUGCAGACAUGCCAAGAAGUGCUGUUUGUUUAAGCUAUCACUGCUGAUUAUCGGAGCUUUCAUCGAUUCAAAAAUCCACUAUUUGCAUUGUUUCAAAAUGGGAUUUCUUUACAGAUCAUCUUUCCCUUAUAUGUGUGUGUGCAUGUGGGGUGGGGGUGGGGGAGUAUUGUUUGUACUAAAAUUACCAUUUUUUUCCAUUAGAAAUCAGGAGGGGAAAAUAUUACAAAUCCUGUUGGUAGCUUCUCUACUUCAAAGUAAAAGCAGGAAGCUGGUGCUUGUCGAACAGCUUGUAUGCAUCUUAAUCCUGAUUAUGUGCCAGUUCUUCAAUUACUAUUGUAAAUCUACCGAGAAUAGCCACCAACAGCAUUUGGAGGUACUGGUAAUGUUGUUCGUCUCUUCCUCCUACAUUUGCUUCAGAGGUAAAAUGUAAAAGUGAGCUUAUUAGAUUUCCAAAUGGUUAAACCAGCUCCUAUUUCAGAAUGCUUCUUCAGUGCUGAGAGCUAAAUUGGGUUUGGGGUGUGCACUGUAAUUAUUUGAUGAUUAGGAUUCCAAACAGUAUUUUUCCCUGUUUUCUAGUGUAGUUGUUACAUCGGGGACUUGUGUUUGUUGGUGUACAGCUGCUUCAGUUGAUUUACAGUACUGCGGCUGUAGCCAGUCAUAAAUAAAUCCUCUUAUAUAGUUGUUAUGAACACCUGUUAGAUCAUCUGUCAGCAAAGCAGUGUUCACAUUUAUCAUGGUGCGGUAGUUAUUUUACCACAAUCCAUUUACAGUGGACUGUGCCUCCAUCACUGUAUUACUAUUACUGCACCAUAAUCGCUCGUUUCCACUCCAUGUACAACUUGCAGAUAAAAGAUUUCAGUACUUGGCAAAAUUUCAUAAAUAAAGGAGCAGUUCACUGCAGUAAAAGUU